AUGCGAUGCUUAGGAGGGGCUCGUGAAGAGAACCCUGUGAGUCCAUGUCUGGCAGUGCCCGGCGCGCCGCUGGUAGUCAACGCCAAGCUGGCUGGCAUCCUCUCCUGGGGCUUCGGCUGCGGAUACCUCCACGACUUACCUCUUGUGUAUACGAGCACCCAGUACUAUACAAAGUGGAUUGCUAAAAACGUUGUUAUAUUUCGGAGAGUGACUAUGAACGAUUUAAGCCAACUAUUCCAAGCAAUUAAAUCUUAUGUGAUUCUGGAUUGGCUUUCCAGAACCAGAAUCUCAAUGCCGACUCCACACGAUCACGGCAACGUUAACAAAGAGUUUAAACUUACAAAAGUUGACGAUGUACUUGUAAAGUUGCAAGGGAUGUGUUUUGAUAUGAGAGACUACAUUUACGACGCUGAGCUGCACGACAAAAAGUUAUUAUUGUAUGAAGAUUUGAAAAGAUCUGUAAUGGAAAAUAUCACCAAGUCUGAAGUCAUUAGAAACGCUUCAAAAACGUUGUUGACUUAUAUCGCACCCCGUCCGUUCUUAAGCAAUAAAACUUUACUGGAUAUUAGUUUCACCUACGAAGAUUAUGAAAACUCUGAUGAUGAUUAACAUAACCUUAAAACAAGCGUGUGUCAGCUUCGACGCACGAAUGGAGUUUACUCUUUCAGAUCGACUGUCUAAAUAGGUGUAUGUUGUUCCGCAGUAUAUACUAUGUACGUCUCAAUA